UUAUCUCUCCGCCGUUCUAGCUAAUCAGUAAUCGGGACCGAGCUUCCUUACCCGUUGCGCGAGGAACAGUAGGGUUAGGGUUGCGAUUUUGGGUGGAGGCGAGGAUUUGGCUGCGAUCGGAGACGCGGGUAAUGAGCAAGGGAUUUGAGGAAGGUUUUGGAGUGAGGUGGAUCUUGUGAAAGGGGAGCCCGAUCAUGGACCCGAGUUUCUCACGCGCGAGCGCUGAUCAGAACUUCGAAUUUGCCUUCAACUCGAGCAACUUCUCCGACCGUGUGCUGCGGAUUGAGAUCAUCCCUGGGCCUGCGGAAGGCAAAGCUGAAGGUGAUGAUUGCGCUAGCAUCUCGGAUUGGGCCCGGCAACGCAAGCGCAGGAGGGAGGACAUGAAGAAGUACAAAGAUGGAUUGGCGGUCUAUAAUAGGAGCCACUUUUUGGAUGGUAACCUGCCUGACACUGAGGACAUUGUAUCAUAUGAAAACAAUGAUGGAGAGGCCGAGGCAAUGAUAGAAGAGUCACCCUCAGGUAAAUGUUUUUUUUCAUGGUUGCGAAUGUUAUCAAAUGUUCUUGCCAUCAUAUUCCAUCUUUGUGACAUGAGUUCUGCUAUUUUUUUUCCUUGUGAGAACAUCUUGUAGGACAUAAGUCAUGAA